GAACAGUCUGAAAUUAAACGUCUCUCAGAUUACAAUAGGAGCCUUUUCAUGGCCUUAUCCUCUUACUGAAAUGACAGAAAGAGGGGACCAAUAUUCUUGCCAUUAAGACGAAACUUCCCAACCCCCCUGUCCACUGGGGGCUGUCCUACCCUUCUUCCCAUUUCUAUAUUUUUGCCAAUUUAACAGGGGAAAUUUAGAAGCAGCUUUUGGGUUUUGCUUAUUUCUUAACAGUUUAGUCUUCUGCUGGAGAUAAACGAGGAUCUAACUAGAAGGCUUUUCUGUAUAUGGUGACCAAUUAUGUGGGUUGCUGAGACAAUAAAAAGUGCAUGAAAGCUUUGAAGGUGGGAGAGACCUGUUCACUGACUUCUGAUGGGCAUCUGCUUAAGUGCAAAACCUAUAUCUGAAAGUGAUGAUAAUACAGGGCGUGUAUUUGUUUGUGCAGGGGUGAAGAAUUCAAAAGAUGAUAGUGAUAGCAAUAAUGGAAAGGAUAAUGGUAGUGCAAGUAGCAAAUUCUCAUUGGCUUCGGUGCUGCCAGCCCCUCGGAGCGAGGGUGAAAUCUCUCAGUCCAAUUUGAAGAGCUUCUCUUAUGAAGAGCUAAAAGAGGCAACACGGAACUUUUGUCCUGAUAGUGUUCUGGGAGAACCUGGUUCUGGUUCAGUUUUCAAGGGCUGGAUUGAUGAGCAUUCAUUUACUGCUACCAAGCCUGGAACUGGAAUGAGUAUUGCUGUCAAAAGGCUUAACCAAGAGAGCUCUCAAGAUCACAGAGAGUGGUUUGCUGAAGUGAAUCUUCUGGGCCAACUUGUUCAUUCUCACCUUGUGAAAUUGAUUGGCUAUUGCAUAGACGAUGAGCAACGGCUCCUCGUAUCUGAAUUCAUGCCUCGAGGAAGUUUAGAAAAUCAUCUGUUCCUUCGGGGUUCCUAUUUUCAACCUCUUUCUUGGGGCCUCCGUUUGAAGGUUGCACUUGGUGCUGCAAAAGGGCUCGCCUUUCUCCACAGUGAUGAAAGAAAAGUGAUCUACCGUGACUUGAGGACUUCAAAUAUUUUGCUUGAUUCUGAUUACAAUGCCAAACUCUCUGAUCUUGGGUUUUCCAAAGACACAGGAGCAACGGGCAGCAAAAAUAACAUCUCUAUCAGGACUCCGAGUACCUCGUAUGCAGCUCCAGAAUAUCUUGUCGCAGGUCAGGCAACCACAUCAAGUGAUGUUUAUAGUUUUGGAGUCAUUCUAUUGGAAAUAUUAUCCGGAAGAAGAGCCGUUGACAAAAAUCGACCAUUUAGAGAACACAACCUAAUCGAAUGGGCAAGACCCCACCUUGCAAACCAACGGAAGACUGCUCGAAUAAUUGACAACCGUCUCGAAGGCCAAUACUCAUUGGAUGCAGCCUAUAAGCUAUCGAGUCUGACACUGCAAUGCCUGUCCAUUGAGCCGAAGUGUAGACCAAGCAUGCACGAGCUUGUAAAAGAACUAGAACAGCUGCAAGAUCCAACAUCCAUUAAUAUCAACAGAAAUUCAAAACAAAACCGCCUGGCUCGCAGACGUAGUGCUGACGAUGCCAAUACUCAUCGUAGUGCUCGUGCUGUUUCCCCUGAUUAUACAUAAGCGGAUGUACGUGGUACUUCUACAACAAAACAUAGAAAACUAGCAGAUACAUAUUGUAGUUGAAUGAAUUAUACUUCUCUUGCUAUUACAAUCUCUUCGGUCUGCCGAUUUCUCGAUCAGUUUGUAAAUAGAAGGAAUGGUUCAUUUGAAAUUUUUGUUUGAUUAUCAAAGAUACGAUACUGAGGAGGAAUCCGAUUAGAUAUCUGAAGUGGGUCAACAUUCAGUUUCAUGUGUUUACUUAUUAUGAUUUGUUGGUGUCUUUUGAAGCAAAAAGAAUGAAGUUAUAAACUCCUAAGUUACAUUAAA